UUUACAGCUUAUUUUUUGGAAGCAUAUCGUCCUGUUAGAAAAGGGAAUCUUUUCCUUGUCAGGGGUGGGAUGAGGAGUGUUGAGUUUAAGGUUAUAGAAACUGAUCCUGUAGAGUACUGCAUUGUUGCUCCUGAUACAGAGAUUUUCUGUGAGGGGGAGCCGGUGAAAAGGGAAGACGAGGAUAGGCUUGAUGAGGUAGGUUAUGAUGAUGUUGGAGAAGUUAGGAAACAAAUGGCUCAGAUAAGGGAGCUAGUAGAGCUUCCUCUAAGACAUCCUCAACUAUUUAAAUCUAUUGGUGUCAAGCCGCCAAAAGGUAUUUUGUUGUAUGGUCCACCUGGUUCAAGUAAGACAUUAAUAGCUAGAGGAGUCGCAAAUGAGAUAGGAGCUUUUUUCUUUUGCAUCAAUGGUCUAGAGAUCAUGUCAAAGCUAGCCGGUGAGAGUGAGAGUAAUUUGAGGAAGGCUUUUGAGGAAGCAGAGAAAAAUGCACCCUCAAUUAUCUUCAUUGAUGAGAUUGAUUCCAUUGCUCCUAAGAGAGAGAACACUCAUGGGGAAGUUGAAAGGCGCAUAGUGUCUCAACUGUUGACCUUGAUGGAUGGGUUGAAGUCUCGUGCGCAUGUAAUUGUCAUUGGGGCUAGGAACAUGCCAAACACUAUCGAUCCAGCUCUUAGACGAUUCGGUAGGUUUGACAGAGAACUUGACAUUGGUGUUCCUGAUGAGGUUGGCCGAUUGGAGGUUCUUCGCAUCCAUACUAAGAACAUGAAGCUAUCUGAUGAUGUUGAUUUGGAAAGGAUUGCUAAGGAUACUCAUGGCUAUGUUGGGGCUGACCUUGUUGCUUUAUGCACUGAAGCUGCUCUCCAGUGUAUCCGUGAAAAGAUGGACAUAAUUGAUCUAGAAGAUGAAUCAAUUGAUGCUGAGAUUAUGAAUUCUAUGUCUGUUACAAAUGAACACUUUAAGACUGCUUUGGGAUCUAGUAACCCAUCUGCCCUCCGUGAAACUGUUGUUGAAGUACCAAAUGUCAGCUGGGAUGAUAUUGGUGGGCUGGAAAAUGUCAAAAGGGAAACUGCAAGAGUGGCUGGGUUUUAUGCUGCGCUGAUUGAUGAAGAACUACGCCUGGAAGAGGCCAAGCUGCAGGCUAAAGACUCUCUAGUGGUUCCUAAGGUCCUUGAGGGCCUUCCUGCAGAAACUCCUGCCGUCCCUUUGCCAGUUGUUUCUUCAUUAGUGGCUGUUGCUUCUUCAGCAGCCAUUUCCCUUCCCGUUAUUGAGCUUACAUCCCCUGUAAGCUCAGAAAAAUCCCUGACUGAUGUUGCCCCCAGCAAACACCCAGGACGCAAGCUUACCGGAGCUCCUCCUCCCAAGAGGAGACUCAUUCUUCCUACUGAAGAAUUACUUUCAGAAGGUUUUGCUUCUGCUGACCUUCCUCCUGCUGAGCCUACUCUAGCUGACCUCUAUCCUUCUCUUGUUUUCUCUUCCUCGUCUUCUUCCAGCACCACUGCUUCUGGCGGCACUUCUUUUACCUCUCCCCUAUCUUUUCCAGAGUCUGGUUCUUCUACCAUUCUCGUCCUCCCGGUACUGCUAGGAGGUUCUUUUUCCAUUGCUCGGGAGGAAAUUUGCCCCCUAUUUGAAGGUCCUACCCCUCCCGAGAUGUUUGAUCAAUUUUCCCAUGAGGAAACCAAGCGAUGGAUGGCCAAUAUGGAUCGGGCUAGACUAAUGAGCCACUUAUAUCAUGAGAACGAGAGGCUUAAACAAAAAGUUGCUAAGAUGUCCUCUACCGCACUUUCAGAGGAAUCCAAGAAACAAUAUGAAGCCCAACUUGAGAGCCUUCAGUCUCGAUUUAAAUCGGCUACAUACCUUAAUAAUGAAUUGUCUUCCAAAUUAGAGAGGCAGGUUGCUGAAACUAACAAACUGAAGUCGGAUUACGAGUCCACCCUUGCUGACAAACUCAAAGCUCUGCAGUUGAAGGAUGAUGAAAUAACUUCCUUAAACACUUCCUUGAAUACAGCCAAGACAGAGGCCUCCACCAAAGAUGCUGAGCUGAAGUCUUCCUAG